CCCAGAGCUGUGCGGGACAGAGGACGGCUUUCCCUCUAUUUUUGCCCCCAAAACCAUCAUUUUAACUUGCAGAUUUCCCCCUACAGUUGAGGGAGCACCACGAAUUGGAAAAAAAUCAACUCCCCCACCCCAAACUCACCCGUUUUUUCCCUCCUUUCCUCCCCGCUUUGCAGGAAGCCCUGAGCCCUUGCAGAGUUGUGACAGCAGUGCCUGGUCUGAGCCAGGGCCGCGGGAAUUGUGGGGCACCAAAAUGGGAUUUUUUUUUAAAGUUCUUUUUUUUAUCUUGGGUAGGUGGGACAAGGUCCGGGGUGGGGUGGGGGGUCUCCAUCCUUGGCCCCGUUGUGAGCAGGGCUUGGCCCAGAGAUCCUGGUGGUCCCAUCCAACCUACGGUUUGGGGUGGGUUUGGGUUUUUUGACUAUUGCCUAGUUCUCUGGCUUUUCCUGAUCAGGCUUCAUCUAGAAAAUCCUCCUCAAAGUGAUGUUCUCUGCACCACCCUCAACCUUACAUUAAUUUAAUUGAUUUUUUUUUUUUCCCCUCCCCCCGUUCAUCUUUCUCCAGUGAAGUUGGAUGGGAAGAUGUUGGUUUCCUCUCGCCCCCGCCUCCCUCGCGUCACCUCUGUCCCGGCUUGCGUCGUGAUUUUCUUCUUUGGCUUUCACGUCCGUCAGCUGGGCUGCACCCGGUUCAGAGUCCUGGGACCCGACCACCCCAUCGUUGCCGUCAUGGGAGAAGACGUCGUGCUGCCCUGCCACCUCUCCCCCAGGCUGAACGCCGAGAACAUGGAGGUGAGGUGGUUUUGGACCCAGUUCUUCGUCUACGUCCACCUCUACCACAGCAGGCAGGACCACUACUCCUCCCAGAUGCCCAAAUACCAGGGGAGGACAGAGUUUUUAAAAGAGGUCAUCUCUGUUGGGAACGCUUCCUUGAGGAUCCUCAGGACCACUGGGGAUUUUUACGAAGAAGCCACGCUGGAGCUGAACGUAGCGGUUUCAGGUUCCAGCCCCCUCCUCUCCGUGGAGGAUUACCAAGACGGGGGAAUCCGAGUGGGAUGUCGAGCAUCCGGCUGGUACCCGAAGCCUGAGAUGCUGUGGAGAGAUUUCCGGGGCCGGCAGCUCCCGUCCUUCACCGAAUCCAGCUCCCAAGACCAGAACGGCUUCUUUGAAGUGGAGAAGUCCAUCGUCAUCCAAAGAAACGCAAAACAAAACGUGUCCUGUUCCGUCAGGAACACGCAGCUUCCCCAGGAGAAGGACUUGACCGUUUCUAUAUCAGACCCCAUUUUCCCAAAGGACUCUCACUGGAUGGCAGCUUUGUUUGCGACCCUGGCUGCCUGCUUAGCUUCCCUGGUCGUCGUCUUUCUUUUUGUCUUAAGGCAACGAGCCCGACACGCCGUAGAACUUGAGAAACGCAACGCCGAAAUCCGUAAGUAACGUGGGGAUUUUUUUGUCUCUGAGGGACAAUAAGAGCUGCAGACAGAUGCUCGGCUUCAUCAUGGGAGUUCAUAAACCAGCAGUGAGGAAGUGGGAAAAUUGGGGCCCAAAUAACGUGCAUGACUUCAUCCCAGUCGGCCAACUCAAGUAACCGACCUUAGGGAAGACCAAAUCUCUUUAUUUUCAUAUAAUAAACCUCUGAGGAGGUGGGCUGCGGUUUACGAAGCCCGUCUAUAGCACACACAUUUGUCCUAGUUUAACUAUAUUUUUUGGUACGGCUUUCAUGGAGAACUUGGGUUUGGAGUGCUAAAAUUUUGGAAUAAUAAAAAAUAAGCUUCCUGGGUUUUGGAGGACUAAAAUUUUGGAUUAAUAAGAAGCAGCUUCCUUGUUUUCAGAGGAAUAAAAUUCAAAUUUGCAUAUUUCUCCCCAAAAGCCAUCUGAGAAAGCAAUAAAUCCCCAAAUUUUCUUCUUUCCCAAAUUAAAAAUCACUAGCCUUGAUGGCAACACAGCUAACAAAAAGCGUCACGCAAGAGAAGGACCAAGGAACCCUUUUGCUCUUAGAAUAAAGGGCACGCCACCCACCAAAAUCCCAUUCAGGGCAAUCAGUUCAGCAGGGUUUUUCUCCCCAAGAGCCUGCAUUGCCUUCCAACAUCAACCCACCCCUCCUUCAACUCAGCUUCCAAAGUCCUGGGCAGGAAAAAGAGCAAAAAGGUCCUCGGGCGCCUGGACAAGCUGCCAGCACCACAUUAACAUUUUCCAGCAAUCCCCUGUGUUUCUUCCUGCUUUUAUUUAUGGUUUUUCUUCCCUUCCAGGGGAUCGUGACGUGGAAAUACGUAAGUGUUUCUUUGCUUCUUCCACCCUCUAAAAGCCUGGGACAGAGGAGAAGACCUUCCCCCAACAUUCUUCAUCCAGCUUCCGAUGAGGUCGAGCCCAACUUCUUGGUGGCACCAACCCCACAAGCUCCUUCCAGCCCACUGGGGUGCCCAAAAAUCCCUCCUUCAGGCCAGUUUUACCUCCCAUCUGCUUCCCCCGUUCGGGCGGAUUUUGG